UCGACGACGACAAGAGUCCGCUGCCGCCGAGUGCUGUUCGUGUGCGUCCGUACUGCCGCGCGCAUCGUACGCGUUGUAAACGGUUUGACGCGCCGCGGCCGCCAGCCUUUGCAGGCAGCAGCCACCCUUCGACGUCGACGACCGACGAUCACCGGUGGUAAACGCCACUCGCGUUUUGUUACCAGUCGCGCGCGCUUUUCGCUCACGAGGACGAUCCGCACAACCAUCGCGGUGAGUUAACUCGGUGUAUAAGUCCGGAACGUGUCCGUGCCGUAUUCGACGGAAUCCAAAGUAACGGCUGGCUAUAGAUACUCACGACAAUAAUAAUAAUUUUAUAUUAUUAUUAAUAUUGCUCGUUUUGAUUUUUCAAAUAAUACACGAUGUCCAGGCGCCAAUGACCAUGGAGAACUGUGCGGAAUUAAUAGCGCAGACCCAAAAGUACUGCUAUUUUCGAAAGGCAGUACAUUUUUGGGCACAACAGGCGCUACUUCCAGCUGUCGUCGCCGUAGGUGUAGUGGGCAAUAUGUUGUCCGUGGUGGUGCUGACCCGAGAACCGAUGAAGAGCUCCACCAGCACGUAUCUGACGGCACUGGCCGUGUCUGAUCUGUUCUACUUGCUAUUCGUGUUUACCAUAUCGUUCGAGAACUACCCUUGGAUCGUGGACGCUGACUACUACAUAUACUGGAAGUGGUACCCGUAUGGUCUGUGGUUGACGGACGCCGCCAGUAACACGUCGGUACUGUUGAUCGUGUCGUUCACUGUCGAACGUUAUAUAGCCGUGUGCCACCCUCUCCGGGGACGCGUCCUGUGCACCGAAUCUCGGGCCAAGCGCGUCAUCUUGAUCGUGGCUCUUUUCUGCAUAGCUUGCACGGCCACUACGCCACACGAAUGGCACAUAUGGUUGAACCCGGAGACGGGCAAGUUCCAAAAGAGCAGCACGGAGCUGGGCCGCAACGAUAUCUACAAGAAAGCGUACAAUUGGUUUUGCAUAGUGACUUUCAUAUGCAUGCCUUUGCUUGUACUGGCCGUGCUCAACUGGUUUCUCAUCAAUGCGGUCAACCAGAGCCGCAGAAACCGAACACGACUCACCUGUCAGGGUAACGUAGUGUGGAACAGGCAACGACAAGAGAACAAGAUGACUAUGACCCUGAUCGCAGUCGUCAUCAUGUUCUGCGUGUGCCAGACUCCGACGGCCGUGAUGAUGCUGCUGGCGUCCGUGUACGAGCCGCCGGAGAAGACGGCUGCGUACUACGUCAACCGCGGUCUGCACACGAUAUUCAACUUCCUCAUGGUGGUCAAUGCCGCGUCCAACUUCAUGCUGUACUGCGCCAUGAGCCGCAAGUAUAGGCGUACUCUGAUGAUCACGUUCCUGCCAUAUUUAGCGGCCCGCCACUCGCGUGCCACCACGCUACAGUCAUCCGUCAGCUGUCCGCGGUCGGCCACCAUUGUCCGGAAUAACACCGAAGUUACGCAGAUGACUGACUUGAGCGGUUACGGCAAACGCGAGCCCCUUCUCCGCAUAAGCGGUGGCGGUGACCGCAAGACCAGCAAUGCUUCCUCCAACAAACACGACGCCUUGUAAAGAGUACUUCAUUUUGAUUUAUUUUCCCGUCGAGCGUGGUUUCACGCCCCCAUCGUGUACCCACCUGGCCCUACUCCACCGCUCAUAUGAUUUUUGCCAACCCGUUUCGAAAUUUCUGAAUACGCGUACACGUACUUACGCAUAGAAAAGUAAGUGCCGCUAUCGGGAGGGCCAUAUUACUUAGGUAAUCUUAUUUCCAAUGAAACACCAUUGGCGUCCAUUUGGUGAUUUCUAAGGGCGAACAUUUUUUUUUUCCGUUCAAAUAAACACAGCAACUAAUUAAUUUGUUUAUUUGGUUGGUUUUUAUACAUAAUUACAUUUUCUUGUAGAACAAGUCUCCCGGUUAAUCCUUCUAAAUGACGAAUGCCUCUGAUCACGGCGACAUUUCAACGCGAAAUAAAAAUAAUAUUAUAGUUCUUUCUCGCACUUGAAUUGGGCCUCACCGCCCAUUAAAUCUACACUUAAUCGUAAAAAUAUUUGUAUACAAAAUAUUGACACUCUAAUUAAAAACUAUUACUUACGAAAAAUGUAACAAUCGUGUUAACUUGGUCUUCUGAAUUAUAAUAUACAAUUCUGAUGACCAUUAAAUAUUCAAUAUUUAUACAAUUUGUUUACCUAAAACCGCCGCGCCGCGGAUCUGAUCUUAAUUUCAGGGGAGGUACCACGGCCACCGACUGAAAGUUUCUAACAUAAAAAACUAGAUUACAAAUUUUAUGACCACAAUAAGUUAAAUAAUAAGAGGUCUAGUAAUUUUAAAGAGGCAACCCUACCAGUGAUCUAAUCUAUUAGAUUCGUGAUGUAUGGUAUUUUUCCAAAAAAAAAACUGUUCUGAGUAAAAACGUCUGAUAUGAAAAUUGUUGUUAAUAUAAAAGACGAAACAAUUUGUAUUGUUUUCAACGUUUCAUUUUAAGAAUACUAUUAUUAUAGGUGCGUUUUGUCGUUAAUAUGGCAACAGGAAAUCGUUAUCCGACAAUAUUUAAAGUAUAAUAAUAUACUUUUUAUUUAAUUAAAAAAAAAUACUAAUUAAUACGAACAAAAUUACUAGUAAAUAACAAAUUUUAAAUAAACUACUUCUAAGGCUGUUUUUCAGCUGUUUAGAAACAUAGUCGAGAAGAAAAUAGUGGCAUUAAUACUUAAUAUACUUAACUAUUACUUAUAUACUAAUACUUUUUAUCAUAGCACAUUUUUCAAACCAACUACUAAUCUUCAUGCGUAAGCCAUUUUAAUUUUCACUAAAGAAUAAAACAUCAUAAUCCAUAAAAUUAUAGAAGUACAUGUAAUAUAAUAUAAUGAAAAUAUGAUAAAUUCAAAAUUGAUAGCUCACUAGAAAUUAUAAAAAUGUAUAUUGGAUAUUGCGAUUAUAUUUGGAGCUCCGAAAGCUACUUAUUCCAAAGGCUACAAAACUAUACUAAAUAAUAAUUGUGACUUACCAAUUUAAAUGUAUUUCGGUCAUAAAUAAUGUUUUAAUCGGAUAUUUUUUACUAAACAAUAUAAAUACCUAAUUAUAAUGAUAUAAAUAAAAAUACCGUCUCAUAUAGGAAUGUACAUAUAGCUUUUUAGUAAUUUUAUAGUAUCAUAUGAAAUUUGUAAAUAUUAUUUUCUCAGUUCUUUCGUUUUGAAACCAACCUUUUGCGGUUUUUUUGUUUCGAAAACGUUUUAAAUUAAUUAAUUCUGUUCCCCUAAACGGUAGACGUUUAAAGUUUUUAUUACAUUUUUAUUGUAUGGGCCAUAUGGGAAUUUGGCUUUUCAUCCACACCGGGGUUGAGACCCCCCGCGUUCGGGGAGAUCGGCGGCGGCUCAACCCGAAAUAGUCAAAACUGGAAUUGUAUACUUUUGGUUGUGUGUGUGCGUGUGAACUAGAUUUUAAUUUUAAUAUCUGGCAACAAAAAGCGUGUACGACGGGCGACAACGUUUUCCGUUUGCCAUUGCAUACACCGGCGCGGUUCGCCGCUAUUUUUACAAUGCACUCGGGCAAAGAGAAGAGAGAUAUAGAGUAAGAGGAACACCGUGCAUAUUAUACAAGUGUUUUGGCCGCCACGAUUAAUUUGUGGUCCGAGCGAAUUAUUUAUUUUUCCGGCUUCCCCUCCCACCACUCCUCUUUCCACACGUGCCCCUCAAACGCACAUCAGUCAACGCCACUGUCGCAAGUCGCAAUACAUCUUAUACGUAAUAUUCUUAGAAGUAUAAUAUAGUAAUAUAGUAUGGUAUUUAUCAUUAUAAAUUGUAAUUAAUGUAAUAUACAAUAUAAGCGUCAUAUUAUAUUCACCCUAUAUUCAAUAAUAUAUUAUUAGUUAGGUAGGUUUAUAUUAUAUUAUGUUGUAUUUGUGUAUUAUCGUCAUACGAUUUAGGCAUUUUUUUUCUCAUCUGUUUAUAAAGAAAAUGAUCGGUCUUAUUGUGAAAUACAAAUAUUGGGUAUUUAAUUUAAGUUUCAAUGAAUACCUAUAAAUUACUUAGAUACUGUAAUAUUAUCAUAACUAUAGACAUAGUAACAUUGUAGUACUAUUAAUCAUACUAUAUUAAUAUUAUUAUAAUUUAUAAUAGAUAUAGCCCCAGCAUAAUUUUGUAAUGCCUGAUGAUAUGAUACUCAAAAGUAAUUCUUAUAACUUAUUCGUGUAUUGUUAUUUUAUUAUUAUAAUAUGAUCGUAAAUACUUUUAGCCAGUAGUGUAAGCUAAAUACUUAUGUAUACAUAAUUAUAUUACUAAUAGCUUUAUAAUAAAUACUAUAUUCGUAUCACGUUUUUA